AUGGAGGUGAAGUCCCAGAAGGAGGGGAAGAUCCGACUACAAGACCGGGUCCUUGCAGCGCGGAAGGAAAGCGAGAGGAUCAACGAUCAGCAAGGAGCGGCUCUUCAUGAGUUGCUGCUGGACCCGGAAUCUAGGACGAUUUUCGAGAAGAAACUUCCGGAGGACAGCGCACAACGAGCAAUCUUCGAGGACCAACUCCGAUGGAACACCAGGAUGGCGAGUUCGAAAGGGUUUCGAUUUCACCCGGCGACACUGCGAAUCGCCAUCUACAUGCACGGGGUGGCUGGAUCGGCGGGAUACAACAUGCUGAGGAACUUCAUCCAUUUGCCCAGUCCUAGGCGCGUUCAGCAGCUGCAAGCACAGGCCGCACCUCCGAGGACGGGAGUGCUCGUCGACAACAUCAGGAAGUAUGGCAGGCUGGCCGCCGAGCAAGAUGCGGAUAAGGCGGACCUCACCGGUGUUCUGAGCUGGGAUUUGACGCAUCUCAGCAAGAACGGGCUCGACUUCGCCCCGAAGGAAGGAAGACUCACGGGGUUGGUGGACGAGGCGACGUUCUUCAACCCCGUAUAUCAAGGCAAGGUGGAUGAAGACGGAGGUUUGGGCAAGCAAUUGGGCAAGAUACUGGCGACCCAGUACGUGGAGUUCUUCGUUAGUCUGGGCAACCCUGAGUACAAGUUCGUCGUGUGGCGGGAGGCUGUGCGGUCUCUCAGCACUGACUACAUCCAACGGAUGCUCACGAGGACCAUGCGGUUCCUGUCGAUAGCACACCGAGACAAAGGGUUCGACGUAGUUGCCACCGUAUGCGACGGGGCUUCCGAGCAGUGA